GAGCCUACUUCUGGCGCCACUAUUUUAUUACUAUACAUUUGUCGGAAUGUACAGAGCGCUAUGCAAUUGGCCGUUGUACAUAUUUUUAUGAAAGAUUUCUGGUCCGUUUGUUAUUUUAUAGAUUUUCAUACAUAUUUUGUAAGAUCAACAUUAUGAAAGUACAAAAAUUAAAUUUGUUUAACGCAGAUAUUUGUUCUAGAAAUACGAUAGAUAAUACAAGUACACAUACGCAGAACCGUUUAUUAAGUAUUUUUUCCUCUACACUUGUCGGCUAUCGCCAGCUGCGAUUGCAGAUUGGCCUAACUGUAUAUAAAUAAUGAAUGAAUAAUGAUGGGCACAAAGUUUCAGACAAAUGCGAAUUGACUUCCAGGUCGACCAAUAAAUUCAUUUCGUAUUCGUCAAAAUACGUAUAUAAAAUACAGGAUGGCAGAUGUCGAGGUGAAGUCAAGUAUUUUGACUUUGGUGUCAUUCUGGAUCUUGGGUCUAUGCAAUAACUUUGGAUACGUUGUGAUGUUGAGUAGCGCUCAUGACAUUUUAAAAUCCAAUUCCGCCACGUCGGGAAACAACGAAACAGCCAGCCUUAACCCCACUCUAGAAUAUAAAAGAGAGUGUAAUCAUUUGUCGACCGGCGUUAUACUUUUGGCCGAUAUAAUACCAGGAUUAUUAAUCAAGACUUUCUCACCAUUUUUUGCGUUAUAUAUCAACCGGAGACUAUCGUUGUGUAUAUCACUGACAAUCGCUAGUUUUAUAACUGUAGCAAGAGCGAAUACUGAACUAGUUGCUGCCGCCGGCGUAGCACUUACAUCCAUGGCUUCGGGUUUAGGAGAAUCAACACUUUUAUCUUACAUGAUUAACUAUGAACGAAGUGUAAUUACAUCUUGGUCGUCUGGAACGGGCGCUGCUGGUAUAUUAGGAGCGUUAACGUAUGCCGGAUUGACUGGCGUUUUUCAUUUAUCUCCGUCCAUGACAAUGUACUUAAUGCUUUCGGUGCCAUUUUUAAUGGCCGUAUCGUUCUGGGUAUUAUUAGAACACCCGAAAAAAGAUCAAAUUUCACCGAUGCCUAGCGAUUGUCCAGAUUUCAGUACAAACAGUCAGAGUUUAUCGAAUAAAAUAUCAUACAUACCAUCAUUGUUGAAAUUUAUGAUUCCUUUAGGGUUAGUUUACUUCUUUGAGUAUCUGAUCAAUCAGGGAUUAUUUGAGUUGGUUUAUUUUGAAAAGAUAUGGUUGACACAUUCAGAACAAUAUAGAUGGUACCAAGUCAUAUACCAGUUGGGCGUUUUCAUUUCUAGAACUUCAGUGAACAUAUUUCCGAUAGAAAAAAUUUGGAUCUUGACAAUAUUACAGGGUCUCAACGUCGUAUACUUUUUAAUUGAAACGCUUUAUUCUUUCACGCCGAAUAUAUAUAUCAUAUUUGCGAUGAUAGGAUUCGAAGGUUUACUAGGAGGAGGAGCUUAUGCUAACUCGUAUCACAACAUUAUGAAAAAAGUUCCGAAGGAGCGUCAGGAAUUUUCAAUGGCCAUGACGUCGCUUUCUGACUCGAUUGGUAUUACAUUAUCUGGACUAUUGGCGAUUCCAUUACACAAUCGAAUUUGUUAUAUACCAAAAUGAGUCAAUGUACUUAUGUAGAUAAUAAUUGAUACUGUAUCUAUAAACAAAUAAAAGUUUUCGUAUUAGAAUAAUAUUAAUAUAAGAAUAUCGUGUAAGUACAUUAAUUUUAAAUAAAAAGUAAGUGAAUGUUACUCACCAUGACAUAAUAUCGUUUAACUCCUCAUUAUGAUUAUUGGUUUGAAUAUUAUCUGUAAGUAAACAUAUUUAUUGCUUAUUAUAAUAAUAUUGUGAAUGAAGAAAAUAGGAUAUUUGUACCUAUGACCCAUGAGAAUGUCAUAUUAUAAGUAAUGAUAAAUUAUAAAUUGUAAAUGUUUUAUAAAAAAUUAAAACGUUUUGAUACCUUAUAAUAAUUUAUAAUAUUUUGUAUUCAUAUUAUAAUUUUUUUCAACUUACAAA